AGUCACCGGAAGUGGUAACAGCGUGACACAUCUGUGCUUUUGGACAUCUUUGCUGCCACUGACUAGCGAACGGUUGCGAUUUCACUCGUCCACGUAUCGACAAUGAGCAAUAAUGAGGAACCCAAAGUGACCACAACUCCACACAUAAUGAAAGAAGAGGUCAUGGCAACAGGAAAAUGGUUGAAACUGGAGAAAACUACAUACAUGGACCCAGCUGGAAACACCAGAACUUGGGAGACGGUGAAGAGGACCACUAGGCAAACCAACACAGAAGCAGAUGGUGUGGGAAUCAUUGCACUCCUGAAGCGGACGCUCCACAGAGACUGUGUAGUGAUGGUGAAGCAGUUUCGUCCUCCUAUGGGAUGCUGUACUCUGGAGUUUCCUGCAGGGUUGAUUGACGAUGGUGAAACAGCAGAGGCUGCUGCCUUGAGGGAGCUGAAGGAAGAAACCGGCUACAAAGGCGAAGUAGUAGGAGUCACUCCAGUGACCUGUCUGGACCCCGGGCUGUCUAAUUGCACCACCCAAAUUGUCAUGGUCAACAUCAAUGGAGAUGACAUAGAGAAUAUUAACCCAACACAGCAGCUCGGUGAUGGAGAAUUUGUCGAAGUCAUUCAUUUACCUCUUGAUGAAUUCCAGAUGAGAAUAGAUGAUCUGAUGAAGAAAGAGAAAAUUGUGGUGGAUGCUAAAGUUUACAUCUUUGCCAUGGGCAUGGUUCAGGCUUUCUUCAAACCGAGGGAACUCCCUGUCCUGAAACAGUGAAGCACAUGAGAAGAGUUUGAGGUGUAAUAACCUGUAGCAAUAGCGUCCCCGCACAGGACUUGUAAGUUUGGAAAAUGCAUUGCUUAACUAUUAUUGGAUGAAGAAUUUGUCUUGAAUUGGGCGUGUAACUAAUAUUUUUUAUUUGUCGAUGAAAUGUAAUGACCAUCCACAAAGCAGCAUCACAGGUGAUGUGGUGCAACUUUGUGUUUAAAUCAUUCUCAAUAUAAAAUCAUUGAAGUCACUUUAAUUAUUAGCACUGUUGUAUUAGGCUUUAAUCUUGUAUGCCUUAUGUGAUUUACAGUUAUUUACAGGUUUUCUAUAUCUUAUGAAUGCUGUCUACUGUAUUUUAUUAUGUGCAAACUUCACUGCUUUGCUGACUUGUUGGAGGAACACUAAGCUGAUAAACCUUAUACAUAGAGUUUAGUGUGAGGUAAAAUGAGCUCCAUUUACUUGGUAUAUGUACCCCUUUCCUUUGGACAAGUAGUCAAAUGUCAGAUUUUGGAGUUAGCCUCACAAAUUUGAAUAUUUGUUGACUAAUAGUUAAAGAAAUCAACCAAGAAUUGGAGAACAAUGAGAAAGCAGUAGAUGGUUAAAUCACUUGAGCACAUUCCCUUUUCCUAAUUUCAGGCGCUAAUAGUCACAGAAAUCAACCAGGAAUUGGAGGACAAUGAGAAAGCAGUAGAUGGUGAAAUCACUCUAGUACAUUCCCUCUUGCUUAUUUCCUAUCAAAGCGUCCUGGGAGCUGAGUAAAUAAGUAAAAUAAGUAUUAGCCACAUUUCCUGCAAGGUGAUUAGAUAUACAUAAUAAACAAUUUACUGUGGUGACAAGAACAGAGAAUUGCAUUUCUUCAACAUUUCAUUCAAAAUUAAUGUAGAUUGUGGAGAAUAAUAAUUUCCUCUACUUCUUGCUGUGUUUCUAACCUCAUUGUGGUGCAAUUUAACGGACCCUUUUGCUGUACUUGACUUAGAAACUAGAAAUGACUUACCAAUUAAUAAAAUUGAUACUACCUUU